AUGAGAGGAGAGGAGAGGAGAGGAGAGGAGAGGAGAGGAGAGGAGAGGAGAGGAGAGGAGAGGAGAGGAGAGGAGAGGAGAGGAGAGGAGAGGAGAGGAGAGGAGAGGAGAGGAGAGGAGAGGAGAGGAGGGCUCAGAGGAGGUAGCUAGUGGCCACUCUAUUUACAGAUUCACUGUAUGUAUGUUAACACUACUGUAUACCUCCUGGUAGUAAUAUAUAUUUUAGUCUUUAAGAUCUACAUAGCUCGUAUUUAUUAUUGACCCUGCUUCUGCUGUCUUGGACUAGUAGUAACACAUUACAGUGUUCUUAUUACUAUGUAGUUAUUUAUUUAAGUACAUUCUAACAAGAAUUGGUAUUACACUGUUGGUAUUACACCAGCAAGGUCACCCAUGAUACAAGUCAGUAUUCGACGUCCAUCCAUGUCUGAGGACAUCGGGAGAUUAUGUGGAAACCGGCCACUAGGGGCAACAGUGAGCACUGUUACCUUCAAGUAAGUUUGGGUUUGUUAGGAUGUUGUGGGCAGGGAUGGCGAAUGGGUGCAAGCACCUGCCGCUUACUCCACAGGUUGCACGUUUGAAACCAGCCUUAGAAAGUUGUUUUUUAUAUUUUUGUUUUAAGCCUAUCCCAAACCUUAACCCUUACCUCAAAUCAUAUUCAUCAAGAAUUUGGAUUUAAUACCUAAACUUAACCUUAAACACUUUGAAAUUUGACGUUUGGAACAACAUCGAAAUUUGACAUUUGAGAAACAUGGAUGAACGUCUAAUUUUGACGUGAGACUGUAAGAGAUGGUAGAUUACACUGCGGUAACCACAGUAAAAGCAGUAACCCUUACCCUAGCCUUAAACCUAACCUCCACAGUAAUAACAGGCCGGAUAACAACGCUGUAAUGUAACGAUUGUCAUCAUACAAUUUACAAACUCUGACAUUUUGACUUUCCCUGACACACUCUUCUCCUUUCUAAAAGUGCCCAGUUAAAGAGCAUCAAAUCCUGUGUGCUAAAUCCACACUGGCCAGCGGUCAUUAGCAUAGCUAACAAACCCAGAAAGAGUAACAGCGGGAGAGAACAAUAUCAGUCUAUUAAAGGGGGGAGUGGGGGAGAGGGGGGAGAUGGAGGCUAUUGUUCUCCUCUGAUUUAGCCCUGGUGUCACCCUGCAACUGUUGUCACUUCUAAGUUUAGCUGGACGGCUCGACUGGAGGAAGGAAAGAGAGGGAGGAGGGACUGAGGUGUGGGCAGACAGGGAAAGACAGUAGAAGACAGGGUAAACAAAGGGGAGACGAGUAGGCAGGAGGGGAGAAAGGGGGAGACAGAGAGAGACAGAUGGAGACAGGGAGGCAAGGGGGAAAGGGGAAGACAGAGUGUGUCAAGGGGAGGAAGGAGAAGAUGAAGGGAGACAGGAAGACAGGAGGGAAUGGCAACAUGCUCUCACAGUCUCACGUCAGAAUUAGACGUUCAUCCAUGUUUCUCAAAAGUCAAAUUUCAAAGUUGUUCCAAACGUCAAAUUUCAAAGUGUUUAAAGUUAAGUUUAGGAAUUCACUCUAAAUGUUUUAUCUCAAAAACAACUUUCUAUCGCUGAAUUGGAACAUGCAACCUUUGGCACCAGAUGAUUACGCCCAUUCGCCAUCUCCAUCCACAACACCCUAGCAAAAAAACGAAACCUACUUCAAAGUAACAGUGCUCACUGUUGCCCCUAGUGGCCAGUUUCCAUGUCAUCUCCCUGAUGUCCUCACACAUGGAUGGAUGUCAAAUACUGACUCGUACCUCGGGUGACCUGGCUGGGAAUGGAGGGGUAGUGGAUGGAAGACAGGAGAUAGAGGCGAGACGGGAGUCGGCGACGGCGGUAGGGUGGUGGGUUACCGAGGGCUCCAGCUGUCGGCUGAUAAAGAGGCUGAGGUCUGAGGCGUUAAGCCUCACAGUGAAAGCAGAGCUUACGGGAGUGACACAGGGCAGUGGCCCCUCUCCGGCCCACAUGGUCCCCAGCACAGAGCCCAGGCCAAAGCAAAGACACAUAGAUAAACAGGCCCAGAUGACACUCCACGCCUGUAAAGCCGGCUGGGCUAAGACCAGGGGAGACAGGGGGGCUAGGCUUAAGGCAUGGCUCCCUGACGGGGAUGGCUGAAUGGUGGUGGAUUGUAGACAUUGUCUCAGUGAAGUCACUGGGUUCAUCACAGUACAUACUUGGGCUGGGCCUGUGGGAAUAGGCCAAUCUUCUGUUGUUGAUUCUUGACAUGCACGCAUACAUACGUCUUCACAUAGACAAAUGGUCAAGUGCAAAUGCACACACAGGUCAUGUAGACAUGCUCACACAGUCUUGUAUGCAUUUGUGGACAGACAGUCGCACACACAUGCAUGCCUGCGUGCGGGUGUAUUUAAAAUGUUUCUUUUUUGCAUUCUUUCAAUUCAUCCUAACAGGGUUUCCUUGAGAACUAAAUCUACUUACGAUUUAUCGUUCCUUAUCAUUUCCCUUCAUUCCAAAUUAUAAUCCGGUUCAUCUAAUCCAUCUCUCCCUCCCUCUUUUUCAAAUCAUAUUCAUCAAGAGCAUCCUCACUGACAGAUCAAGAAAUCACUGUUGGAGAGAGGUCUAAAGAGAUACAAUGUUUUUCUUCUGAAACAAAUCAGAUUCCUCUGAUAUAAUCAAGACGAGAUGGCAGAGACCACAACAUAAUCACUAAGGGACAUGCCUGCCUUGCCUAGAUAUUAUUAAAAAUGGGGAGAAACAAGUCUUUAGAUUGAAAGAUUGAAAAAAUGGAAUUACAGUAAAUCAGGGAAAAACUGGGGCAAGGUUGGCUAAAGCCCUCUGAUACAGAUGUGAGACAAAUCUUCACUUUAAUGUAGUGUGUAUGUAUGUGUGUGUGUGUUUGUGUGUGCGUGUGCGUGCGUGUUUGCACACGUACAAAUAAUGAAAUAUCAUAUUGUCUACAGAGCAAGUGCUGUGCAGAAACCAUUAUUUUUUCCCAAUCUCAGUGCAAAGACUCUAUGCAUAAUCUCAAAUUCCUCUGACUCCUGUGGCAAAAUAAUCUGCAGACAACUGCUUAAAUUUGGUUCGUUGUGAGAUAAUAACAGACACCAUUUAUAGUAGUCAUAGCAACUGAUGAUACACCUGAUUAUAUAGCGCUGUCAUGAUGCAUUAUGCAACUGUGAUGUUUAUGACAAUCGUUAUAACGCAAAAUAAUAUUGUGUGUCCAAGACAACUUUCACCUUGGGGACAAGUAAGACUAUCAUUCUAUAUUGUGUCAUGUCAUAUAGCUGACUAUAUUCUGUGGCAAAUGUAAGCUGUAAGCAACAACAAAUGAUUGAGGCAUGGAGUCAACUUCUUCUUAUGACAUAGUAGAGACAGUCAGUGAUGAGGUGUCUGUCCACCCGGUUAUCACUUACAAUGAACAACCACAAGAGGGCAGUGAGUUCAUCAUAAAUGAUGUCAGAGGGGUUAUGUUAAUCCAGACUAAUUGACAAGAAGAGGAGGAUAUGUGGGUAAGGAAAGAGAAGCUCUAACUCACUCUCUCUCUCAAGGUCAAGAGGUCACACAAAUAGGGCAACAUCAUCACCGCUAAUUGUUGUGAACCAAGCUAUCCACAGAGCUGUUGCCAUAUAAUUACAUAUAGAAUUCAGUAGUAUCUCUGUGGCUGUUGCUCUGCUGAAAUAAUGCUGUGGUUUUACUUCAGUGCAUUCUUCAUAAUCACCAGUAGAUGGCCCUAGUUGGCCCUAUGAGAACAUAUAGAAACAGUUAACGCCUGCUGUUUCUGUCUUGUCAUUUUUUCUCUUUUUGUUGGAGCAAACAUCCAGAGAAUGCACUCUUUGAUGUAGCAGACAUCCAAGAGAAAACUUUGCAUAUGUGGUACAUUUACCACCAGUUUUCUCCAAUGUAGAUAAUUAUUUGAUCAGUGAGAACCAACAGAUUUAAUUAAUAACGGAGACAGCAACUUAAUAAAUUGAAAGAAAAUAUUCUCAGGCCCACACUCAUAUCUUAACCUAUAAUCAAUGUUGGGGAAGCCACUCUGAAAAUAUAGUUUGCCAAGCUACCUAUUACUUCACACUGGAAGAAGUGGGGCUACAGUAAAUCUACCCAUGAGAGAAAUAUAGUUUGUUCACUUAAUGUUACCACAUCCAAACUACCUUAUGAAAAAUUAUAAUAUAUACAUCUGAAAUGUCAUACAAUACAAAGUUAAGAAACAUGACUGUGAUCAACCGACAGUGAUUAUGAACAAAAUACAUUACGGAAACUUCAAGAUGAGAUUCCAGACCUUGGUGAUCUUUUUCCCCACAAGGAUUUGUAUUGCUUUUUUUCUGUAGCUCAGAUAUGCAAACUCGUACAACAUUGUGCACUGCGUUUACCUCCUCCUCCCUUCACUCCUUGUUACCCCUCCAGACAACAUUCCCCAGGUGGUUCUACUGACCCAUGUGGAUCAAGUGUGCAUUGCCAUCAAUAAGGAUUUAAGAAACAUCUACACCAGCCACACCCUGCUAGAGAAGGUAUUCAGACAGAGGUUUACCUCAAGGGAUUGCCUUGUGUUGUGGAUGUUACUCCAUGAGUGACAACAGAACUUCAAUCAAAAAAGGUAAUUAAAUAGAAUAGGAUUCAAGUUUGUUGAACAUGCAAAGGGUUUAAUUACAAAUAGGCUACACUUGUUUACUUUCCUUGUGGAUUGUUGUGUGAGAUUUCCUGUACCCAUCAUAAACAGAUGCAGCGGGCAGCAGAGAUGUUGGACCUUCCCCUGUCUUUUGUCUUUCCUGUGAAGAACUAGUCCAGAGAGAUAUCUGUCGACUGCAACACUGACAUCCUCCUUCUGACCGCUGUGCUACAUCCUGCAUACUGCUGAUGAUGCUCUGAAGGAGUGUAAACCACCUGCCACAUGAUGACCAUGAUGGUCAUUUCAAUCCUGCUAAUAUCUCAGCUCAGGAAAUAGAUAGGCUAAUUGUUGUUUUGUGUCUUUGAUGCUUUUGAUGUAAGGUGGUUUGGAACUGUAGAAUCAUCAGGAUAUGUAUGAUAAUUCUGAAAAGUUCUGAAAGAAAACCAGUUUCUAUCAUUAUUAUUAUUAUCAAUGAAGACUAUUUGUUUUUUUCUAUUAUGAUUAGAAUCAAAUCACAUUAACACUUGUGUUCAAUAAACACUAUGUUUUACCUGCUUUUCAAUUGGAACUUUUUGAAACUAGAAAAAAUAUGUUAUACUUUAAAAGGGGAACAAUAUGUAUUUUAUUCCACCUGGGGGCCCUUCAUGGACCUUCUACAGAGGCCCUCCUUUCGACUUGUAAAUUGCUUGCCUGACUGUUUUUGUUGUUAUUAUUAGUUAUUUUAAAUAUCUGAUUUGCCUCCAUUCUGUGUGGCUGGCUUGGUCCUGCUGGAAAUCUGCUACCAUACCUGUCCAUAUACUGUACCUUCGAGCUGUGUUUCUUGGUCCUGGGGGCCCAAGGGGGAGCACAUUAUUUUUUAUCUUGCCCUAGCUCUCACACACUUUAUUCAACUAUUCAGCUCAUAAUCAAGCCUCUCAUUGGGGUUGGGUGUGUGGGGUAUAUAUUUGCCCCCUUUCUGAUAUUUUUGACACUGAAUGUUAUCAGAUCUUCAACCAAAACCUAAUAUUAGAUAUAAGGAACCUGAGUGAAAUAACACAACAAUUACAUACUUAUUUCUUUUAUUUAAUAAACAAAGUUAUGCAACACCCUGGGUGAAAAAGUCAUUGGCCCAUUCAAAUUUUGGUAUUACAGUGCAUUCAGAAAGUAUUCAGACCCCUUGACUUUUUGUAUGGAACAAUCAGUCACCUUCCCAUCUUUGGCUCUGCAAUCAGCGAGAAGAUACAAACUUUACUUACUCUAACUUUCUUUUCCUAUUUAUUCUCUCUCUUUCUCUCUCUCUUUCUCUUGCUCUCACUGUGUACAUUUUAUAAAUAUUAAAUACCAACAACGCUGCCUUUCAGUCAGAAAAUAUAAAUAACGGUAGCGACUCUGUGUUUUUAAACGUGGAUAUCGACUUUACCACUUCAGCAUGCUUUUGUUGCACAGUUGAUGCCACGCAGGUUGGGGGUUCGCUGACCACCAUGGACGAGCUCACUCCCCCUGCCUGUUUCAUUACACUACAAUCAGAGCCGACUGCAGACAAUGAUCAGCUAGAGGGAAAUCUGAUUUUCAACAUUUUGAUGCCAUAUUUAUCAUUAUUUAAAAUACAUGCAACUCAUUUUCUACCAACAGGUUUCUGUGCCAAUGAACCACACAACCAAUAAACAAAGCUUACCGACUUAGGGAACUUCAAUGUCAUGGUUUACUUUUUCAACACCACAAUAAAUAUACUAUUUCUUCUGACCCAUGUGCAACAUAUCCUGCAUACCACUGAUGAUACUCUGGAGGAGUAGGGGAGACCGGGGAUGGGUGUAACACUGGAUAGUUGUAACACUUGCAAUUCCUCCAAUCAGGAGCGAGGUAAAAUAAUGUGAUUGACUGAGCACAUGCUCAGUUUAGUCCUGAACUCUCAUGUGAAAAAGCAAGUCCCUGUGAUAAACUCUGCAGAUUCUAUUAACAGAAAUCUGAUUUCUGUUAGAAAUUGCGUAAUUCAAAUCUGGUAUUGGAAUAAGAAUCAAGAGAUCUUCAAUCCAAGCUUAAUUUAUUAUAUGCAAAAUGUAUGUAUGAUAAGUAUGAAGGUUCGUAUAUACGGGUCCACUGAAAUACCACGCAGGGCACUCAGAGAACUAAAACACCGCUCACAGGUUCCCCCCCAAAUACUCUGACAGAUAGUUCCCACCUCUUCUGUUGGCCAAUCAGAGUAAAGGACUGAGUGUGGUUCAGCCAAUCCGUUGGCGCAGGGGUUGGUCCCAACUCCUCUUCUCCAUUUAUUGCACACUGUUGCCAGGCAUAAGUUGCUAUCACAAUAACCUGUGGAGUCAGCACCCAAAAGACACCAUUCCACUGUACUCCAUGUACCCACGUUCAAGGACGGUUUCACAGACAACAAAGAGAGAGUGUUCGUAUCUGUGAGAAAUACAAGUCUUAUCUCAUCCUAGCCCCUAACGUUCCCCACAUGAAUCACAGGCUGUUAUGUGAAACAAUCCAUAUCAGUACAGUGUCCUCAUUAAUGCAUUCCUUCCAAGCUAUUCAUCACAUACAGAUCCAAUUAUGAGAAAAAUAGAACCCAACAUUUCUGAUUUCUUUGUUUCUGUGAUGGCAUCAACUGCUUUGUAGUUCCAUUCACCAAACUUAUAUCAGGUUUAUAACCAGUCUUUGUAGAGAUAUUUGAUGCAUUAACAGUAUUAACAUUUAGCUAAAAUGGAAGCUAGCUAAUGGCUGCAAGGGUCUGGGUUAGAUGUAACAGCUUGUGAGAAAAUGUUACAAUUAACCCAGAGUAAAACUCAAUGUUUUUGGUACAUGCUUUCUUUUACUUUCAGCAUACCUAGAUCAUGUAAAAGAAAGACAGACAGGGGAGUAGAUGAUGUAGCACACCUGGGGAAGUCAAUCAGAUCGGUUGCUAAGUUGAAUGGCAUAUGUCAUGUGACGCUGUACAGAUUCUGCAAAGAGAGAAAGAAGCUACUGGAGAAGGGGUCGAGAGAGCUUCCCCAUGUUGGCUAACGUAGUGGAAACAGGGUCUUCAUGGAUGAGCAGGAGCAGAAGUUGUCAGAGUAUCUCUUGAGGGCAGCUGAUUUAUAUUAUGGAUUGUCUCCCCGUGAGGUAAGCACUUGAUAGGAAUUAGUGAGGGACUACUAAUGUAAAGGAUUAAUGUAAAGUAUUAAUUGGGGGAAGUAUUGAACAUAUUUUAUUAUAUUAUUACAGGUCAGGAAAUUUGCCUACCAACUCGCUGUACAAUAUGGUUACAAGCAUCCUCAGUCAUGGGAUGAGACCUCUAUGGUGGGAGCAGACUGGUUCUCGUCUUACCUAAAGCGGCACCCUACUCCUCUCCAUUAGGAGUGCUGAAGCACUAGUCUGUCGUGGGCCACAAGUUUCAAAAGAACAAAUGUGGCAGAGUUUUUCAGCAAACUAGGAGAGGUGAUAAAUAAAUAAAGCUUUGAUGGCAAUGACAUAUGGAAUGUUGACGAGACAGGAAUAACCACAACACAAACACCAGAUAGAGUGGUUGUGAAACAUGGCACCAAACAGGUUGGAGCAAUCACCUCAGCAGAAAGGUUUACACUACUGUCAAUGGCAUGUGCUAUAAAUGCAAUAGGAAACUCAAUCCCCCCAACUGUUGUUUUCCCACGCAGGCCACCUCUCCAGCUGCCUUCCAGGCCACCUCUCCAGCUGCCUUCCAGAUCACCUCUCCAGCUGCCUUCCAGAUCACCUCUCCAGCUGCCUUCCAGGUCACCUCUCCAGCUGCCUUCCAGGCCACCUCUCCAGCUGCCUUCCAGGUCACCUCUCCAGCUGCCUUCCAGGUCACCUCUCCAGCUUCCUUCCAGCCCAACUCUCCAGCUGCCUUCCAGGUCACCUCUCCAGCAGCUGCCUUCCAGGUCACCUCUCCAGCUGCCUCCCAGCCCAAUUCUCCAGCUGCCUUCCUGCCCACCUCUCCAGCUGCCUUCCAGCCCCACUCUCCAGCCACAUCACAGGGCACCUACCCACAUGUAUCAGGCUGUGGCUGGGAAACACGUGAUUACUCUUCUGGUUUCAACCCAGUUGAUAUACGCCCCUUCCCAAAAGCAGGGCCCAGGAAAAUUACACAACUGCGAUAUUGA